AUGUUGUUUGAGGUGAAGGUUUCCGAGCCAGUGGCAAAGUCGGUGAACAACAAAAUCGUACAGUUCUAUCCCGUGAAGACUGAAAUCGUCUCUUUGGAUGAGAACAACGAAGAUGGUGAUGAUGAAGUACAAUAUCGCGCGAUGGAAAAAGAGUAUAAAAGUCAAAGAGCAUCUUCACCGUUCGCGUGUUUUCGAAGAUUCUCUCAGUUUCGAGAGUUGCACGCCUUCUCUUCGACGAAAGGUGCACGAUUACCUCCGUUUCCUCCGAAAGUAUUAAUCGUCUCUCCGCAACACUUAGAAGAGAGAAGAGCAGCUUUCGAACAGAUUUUGAACACAAUCAUGAACGACAGGACGUUGAAUGCUUUGCCAGAAGUCUCGUCCUUCAUUGGUGCCUUGCAGAUAUUGGAAAACGCGGGAGAUACGAACUGGACGAUACCGAAGGGUGGUAAGAACGGGAAGAAUGGUAGCACUGGUAAUAAAAGCAACGGUAAAGCAAGUGGGAACUACGAUACCACGGCUCAGGGAAGAAGGAGCAACGGCUUUGAUGGCUACGAUUCGUGGGAGGAAGAGACGCCGAUAGUAACGAGUAGCUCGCGUUCGCAACAAAAAUCGUUGGAAGAGUUUCACCUUUCGAGCGCGGCGCUUCACAAGACCAUAGCCGCGUCGCCGAGUCCACUAAAGUUUACUCCAGCGAGUGAAGAUAAAAAUGGGAGUAGUCCAAUGGGAAUGACAUCAAUGUUGACAUCACCAGCAACGACAACAACAACAUCGAGCGAAAAUCCGGUUACUUUGGAAUCACAACAACAACAACAACAACAACAACAACAGCGCACUUUUGAUGGCCUCGAGGCACGCGAAGCGAUCAAACUUGGCGAUGUUGCAUCUUUAGAAACUAUUAUGAGUAGCGGACAAGUCGAUCCGAAUUAUCGUGACGGGCACGGAUUCACCCUUUUAAUGUUGGCGGCAAUGUUCAAUAAGAAAGAGUGCUGCUUGUCAUUACUCGCCUCGGGCGCUAGAAAAGAGUUAGUCAAUAGGGAUAAUGAAACUGCAAUAGAUUUAGCUCCAGUUUCGCUCGGGAACAUCAUUAGGCAAUAUAAAUAG